ACUGAGAAUUUCAUUUUUCACUUGAAAUACUCGAUCAAUCAGAAUUAAAUAUGUCUGUGGCGCAAUUGAAUUUAUGCUACUUUGCAGUCUAUCACGAUGGUUUUUAUAGUAAUUUUAUUACGGUGUACGUAAGACAGUAUCUAAAUUGCGUCAAUCGUUGUGGACAGUGUUACUCUUCGGCAUCAUGGCGAAUGUCGACAAAGGACGCAUUAAAUGUGAAGAUAAUUAUCAAGAUGUUCAAAGUGCUAGAGUAAAAGAUGAUAUGAAAGGAAACCGCCGAGGAAAGCCACAAGUUGAGAUCUAUCGUCCAGGAAGUGGACCAUUGCGAAAAUCUGCACAAGGAGACGAAGAAAUUGUUUUCUAUGAUAAUGUUCGAAGAGCUAAGUCUUCCACCGAAAAUUCUCUUAGCAGUGUAUCUGAAGAUUUUAAACGUGGUGGUAAGAAGCCAAAUCAUUCAUUGUCACAAGAGCACCUUAACAGUACUAGAAAACGAAGCAGUGAUGUGAGAGAAACAACUGAUGUAUCAAAUCACAGUAGAGGACUGACAGCCAUUGAGGACAGAAUGAGAAAUGUUCAGCUUUCAGUACCUGGCUCAAGUUUUAAGGACCAGAGGAACAGCUUAGAUCAUGUGUCUCUUGGAGGAAGCACAAAAUCUGUAGCUAGUGAUGCCAGAAAGAAAAGCAGGAAACCAGAACAGGCAAUCUACAUACCUAAACCUCUUGCACAGGCUAUUGCUGAGCGAGAUGUAGUAAAUAAAUCUCCAGUGGAUAUGACUGAAGAAACAAUUGCCACUAACAACAGUUGUUCUAAGGAAAGAGAUAGUUUCAAAGGACAAACAGACUAUUCAUCUCAAUCAGUGGAAGAAGAAUGUUGGGAUGAAGAAGUCGACCAUCAUUCACAUUCAGAUCAUUGUAGAGAGUUACGGUCACAAAGACCAGAAACGUUGGACAGGAAUGGUGGACCUCAGACAAACAGGGGAGAAAGUUUUAGGAGAAUGAAAUAUGAAGGAGGUCGGAAAAGUGGAAGAGGAUCUGGUGAGAAAGAGAAAAAUUGGGUUGAAAGAGGUGUGGGAAAUGGAAUGGUGAAACAAGGUGGUGCUUCUAGUUUAAAGAGCAAUGAGUGUAAACCACAUUUAAUUAAGUUCUCAGGUAAGUGCAAGAAUUAUCAUUCUGUAGAUGGGGACUUGAAGAAUCAAGAAGAUGAUCAGACAUCAUCUGGGAAUACUGAAUCUUCCACAACAGUUCAUAUUUAUCAUCAGGGAAGAAAUGAUGUGUCAUAUGUGUCAAGGGAAAUUAGACAGGCGUCAGAACCCCGUGCACUUCCUCCUGCCAGUCUGCCUCUUGACACAAAUAGAAUGCGUGACACACGAAGUGUAGAGCCUGUUGGAACAUCUGGAGGACGUGGCUGGAAUGGGGACAAAUUGCAGUCGAAACCUCCAUCCGGACGCAGGGGUAGUGUAAAGGACUGCAGUAUGCUUCCCACUGUCAACAAGGGCAACCCAAAACCUCACCCUUGCUAUGACUCUCUUCCACCGCGCCUCAAAAAGAAAUACCUGGCAGAAAAUAUGGCCUCUUCCUCCAGUUAUAUUGGCACUACCUCAGAAGAUGUGUGGGACGGUAGUACAGUAACGUUUCAAGGCAGUGGAGGUAAUUACCAACAGCAUCAUCAUGUUCACCCUCACCCCCCCAUGACUCCACAUUUGCCACAUCAGAAUCAAGAAUCAUCAUCGUACGUGGUACAGCACAAUGCGCAGGAACACUGGGCGCACACGCUGCCUAACUCACGUGCAAGAGGCCGUGGCAGGUUGAGACCUGAUGAGUUGGAGAUGGAGAAAAUGGUUGCAGCUGCUGCCAGGUUCUCAAGGUCUCUCACGCCUGAUCGACUGCCGAUGCCUCCGACAUGUAGCACGGGUCCGUCGUCUUUGGGUCACGUCUUUAGACGAGUUCCAAGCCAGGAAAACUUGUUGAGGCCAAAUGAUAGAAUGGGGGUUGGCAGUAGAAUAAGAACACCACCACCAGCUUUACCGCCUCCGCCACCGCCGUCAACAUCACCGCUGUCAACAGCUAAGGGUCCACCUCUGGAUGAAAGAAGAGGGGGGACUUCCAACAAACCUUCCAAUCCGCAUUCUGCUAGGUAUAGAAGGCGAAGUGAUAGCAAUCCCUGUGAGCCCGGGGAAACGUAUCAGAACAGAAAACGGAAUGAAACUAGGUUUCAGUCUAAAGGAAGCGCACAGAAGCUGUAUCAUCAAGAGUCAACUUCUUGCGCUCCGUCUAAUGACGUAUUGCGAAACUCGCCAUCACCAAAAAUUCUGGAUUGGGGUGAGGAAGUAGAACAGAGCGAGCGAUUGGAAGCAGAAGGAAUGUUGAGCGACGUGAUGACACGCAGCUCCUCCCUUGCCAGCUUACAAGAAAAAAGCCAGACACAUCCUCCGAGAGAGAGACGCAAGCGUCAUAGGAGACGAGGUGGGGAACCACGCCCAGCUGAUAAUAGGAGUCUCAGCAGGGAGAGAAGUAUACGAGAACAGAAUAAAGAUCAAAGCAGAGGCUACAGUGGUGAUCGCAGCAAUCGUGGUUCAAGUCGUGACCGAAAUUAUAGAAGCCAUCGUAACCGAGGAUAUAGUAAGGACAGAACUAACAGGGGUCCAAGCAAAGAGAGAAGUAACAGAGCUGAAAGCAAGGAACGGAGUAAUGCAACUGAGAACAAAGACAGGAAUAACAGAGGACUCAGCAGAGACAGGGACUUCAGAGGUCACAGUCAAGAUCAGAAUUAUAGGGGUCACAGUCGAGAUAGAAGUAACAGGCAAAAUCAUCGUGAGAAGGAUCGAUUGAAAGAAACAACAAGGAAACAUGAAAACUGGAGAGAAGAACAGCGGCAGCAGCCGGAGCAAAGUCACCAACAAAAAAGAGAGACUAAAGAACAGGAAGUUGUACAAGGGACAACACCGCAGCAAAAAGCUAGCGGCGGAAACUACGUUGCAGGAAUUUUGGUAAUACCUCCGCAAGCUCCCGAACAUCAAGUUCAGCAAAACCACGUGAUGGGGUUUUGCCAUCCUCAAGAUCAGUCGGACUAUACGGGCAACUUUCCGGCAUUCCGAGGAUGUAUACCAAAUCCUGCACCUUUUCAACAGCAGCAGCGACAGCUGUUUGACCCCAAUAACCCCAGCAAACCGAUUAUUGUAUCUUCUCCAGGGGCCAGAGCAGUACAGUUACUCCAUUCAAGGGAAAGUGACGUCACUUUGCCAGUUCCUACCGCUGGAUUUGUUUCAACUCAUACACCAGAAUUUGGUUAUAUUCAGUACCCUGGUAUGUCUCAUUGUCAAGAUGGCAUGGGUCAGAGCUCGUACGUCACUGAUCAGUUUGGAAACACCCGUCCUACAUGGUACGACCCCUAUUCAAACAGUUUUCGAAGCGCAAGAAACCCUCAUUUGCUGUUAGAUAUUGAACGAGCAGAUAUGGAAUUGCAGUGGAUUCUCUCUACUGGCGGUAUUUUACGGGACUGGAAUCAAGUGGUUUAUAUUAGACAGUACCUCCAACAGUGCCUUCAUACGCUGUUGGUAACAGAUCUCAAAUUCUGCCAAACAGAAAAUGUUGAACAGCAUUUAUGGAAGAUUUUGUUUUACAACAUUAUUGAACUUCUGCGCAAGAGCGUUGCUGAAAAUGUGGAGAACAAGGAACAGUAUAAACACAUAAUGCUCACACUUAUAGAGCAGGGAACUGCGUACUUUGAGAAUCUUCUGGAAGUACUGGAGCAGACGUAUAAAUUUAAAUUGGAAACUUUCCUAUCUCCAAACAAUGUAUCAACAAAAGGCCUCGGAUUUGCUGGUUUGGCAUUGGUAUCUGCACAGAAGAUAUUCUUGUUCCUUGGGGAUCUGGCGAGAUAUAAGGAACAGGUUAACGAAACAUCAAAUUUUGGGAAAUCUCGGCAGUGUUAUAUCAAGGCGCAUCAGAUUAAUCCAAAGAAUGGUCGUCCGUAUAAUCAGUUGGCGAUACUGGCUGUGUAUGCUAGAAGAAAAUUGGAUGCAGUCUAUUACUAUAUGAGAAGUUUAAUGGCAUCGAAUCCAUUUCAAUCUGCUCGAGAAAGCCUCCUCUCCCUGUUUGAUGAGAGUAGAAAGAAAUAUGAGCAGGCAGAAAGAAAGCGUCGAGAAGAACGGGAUGCGAAACAGCGUGAGCGAAUGAAGGAGAAAGAAGGGGCUGGAAAAGAGUGCGGGGGCAAUGGGUUGAGAAGAGAAUAUUGGGUACAUCCGGAAGGUGGACGGCCUCGACUUCAUAUCACCACGUCCACCGUGCAAGACCAGCAGAGAACUGACAGUGACGAGGAGGAACUUGUGACACUCAGCAGCAUCGAGGUGAACAAGAGAUUUGUUACAAGCUACCUUCACGUCCAUGGCAAACUGUUUACUAAAAUUGGAAUGGAGACGUUUCAAGAAGCAGCAUUGCAGAUGCUACGAGAGUUUCGUGCUCUACUACAACAUUCUCCAAUUCCUCUUAACGCAAAUCGUUUUCUGCAGCUUCUGGCCCUCAAUAUGUUUGCUAUCGAAAACACGCAGCUUAAGGAAGCCGCCCAUUUGGAACCCGGGUAUCGGUCAGCCGUUCAGGAAAACGCUCUUGUCGUGUCCUUGCAGAUGUUCAACUUGAUCCUGGAGAAAUGCGUGUCUCUCCUCAGGGAACAGUUGGAACAGCCCACAGGGACUGAGCCUCCGCGGCUGAUAGUCGGCGAAGACACGCAAGUUCUCCUGCCUGCAGUCAAGGUUUGGUGUGAUUGGUUGUUAUGCCACAGCGCUGUGUGGAACCCGCCGCCUUCCUGCAUCGACUACAGGGUGGGACCUGCAGGAGAUGCGUGGAGCUGGCUUGCAUCUCUGGUCAACCUUCUUGAGAAGUUGGAGUAUCAGAAGACUGUUUUGGUUACGGGACCCAGAGAAGAUUAUGAACUUGUUAGACUGCCAGAAGAUUCCACUUUAUGUGGUUUUACUCCGCUGAUGUACAAUGACCAGGAACCCAUUUAUACGAGCAGGGAGACCGACAUGGAGCUGGCUUAUGUAGUUUUAAGGAUCAGAAAAAUAGUUUUCUUUGGUACCGUGUUCCUGUGUGGGGUUGACCCGCCUGUCUUAAAGCUACAGAAAUUUGAUAGUGGAUUUAGCGAGUAUGUUUCUGUAGUGGAGUCGUCGAGUCAGGGUUCACCGUCUUCGCUGCCUGAGGAGGACCAGAGUGAUUCGGAAUUGGUAGUGGAGAGCUUUAGCGAGGAUGAAGAUGGCGACGCAACUGUUGACAAGGAAGGUAGAACAGAACAGACAUCUGUUUCUGGCAAAGAAUCGGAUCCUAGCUCAGCUGUGGCUCCUGCAGAGAUACAGAAUCUGCUGCACAGAAAGGAAGAACUUGAAAGACGACAUCGCAAACAGGAAAGACAUCGACAGCGAGUGCAGGCGAUUCUUCGGGACUCCGUUGUGAGCGUGGAGAUCGAAGUGAAACCACACAAUUUGGUUCCGGAUACCAACUGCUUCAUCGACUACCUCAGUCAACUGCAGAUCAUAGCUCGGGCUGGCACAGCACCCCAGCAUUAUUACACUCUGAUGGUCCCUUUGGUUGUGUUGAAAGAACUCGAGGGACUGGCUCGUGGAGGGAAAGACAGAGACCAUAUACCCGUACCGUCCGUGGAUCCGGAACAUGCCGCCAAGGUAGCCGAAGCUGCGAAAGUGGCUCUCGUCUUCCUCAGAUCUCGGAGUCCGAGAGUGCGUUGCGUCACUACCCGCGGCACCGUCAUCCACACGUCAGCCUUUGCGAUGGAGGAGGAUACGGAGCAGGACGAAAGAAAUGAUGACAAAAUCCUUGCUACAAGUCUGAGUCUUUGCAGAUCGUCGGAAAAGGAUCAGAGCAAACCAGGUGAACCGCGCCGCCUGUACCGAGAAGUGGUACUUCUGACCGAGGAUCGUAACCUGCGAGUGAAGGCGCUGGCAAGGCACGUUCCUGUACGCGAGGUGCCCGACUUCAUGCAGUGGGCGGGUCUGGGCUGAACCCCCCGGCUCCUGUGAACCUACAGCGCCAAGCAAGAGGAUAAUCACCUACACGCAGAGAAUAAAGACACGAGUACGCAGAGGAAGGCAACGCACACAGACUGGACUCGGGUAGGUCCGUCCAGCUUCACGUCAGACAAGGGAUUAAUCCCGCUCGGGGAUAGGAUGGAGCACGCUCAUAAAUAUCUUGGGUGCUAUUGUCACAUCAUCUUCUGAUGGGUGUAGGGUUACGGAUCAGCGCAAUUUUUGUACGGGAGAAAAGGUUUAAAAUAUUAUUAUAUGAAUUUGUGGCCGUCAGUACAACUUCUGCGGCAUUUCAUCUCCUGAUCUCGCAGUUGUUAGGAAAGGAGAUGAUGUACGCAUGUCACCGAACUUUCUGUUAUGUUGGCUGCCUGGAAUUUUUGCAUUCCUGUGCGAAAUGGUAACAGUAAUUUUGAUAGCGACUGGAAACGAGAACUUAUUUCUUCGUUUGAAACGUUAAUGUGUUAUUAAUUAUAUUGCAAGUGACUUGUCAUUAUCAUGUUGACGAGUGCGUGCGAGUGAAUGUGACUUGUAGCUCACAGAGUAGCCAUUGUACAAAAUUACUUACUUAUUUUUCUGAUAGUUUUACAUUAUUUCAUGUUUCAUAUGCACACACAUCACUGUCUUUUAAUCUCUAAGAAGACAGAAAUUUAAAUUGAUAUUUGAGCGUAAGUGAUUAAUUGUUUUGUUAUGUGUCAUAAUGACCUUGAAAUUCUUUUAAGAAAAUAAACCUCUUUGAUCCCUGAACAGUCGUUUAAGAACACUUGUGGCACGUCAGUAAGGGUUAAAUAAUAUAAAUUAAAAUCAUAUUUCAGGUGAUCUUUUUCUUCGCUGUAUAAUCACGUAAGCCGUUUCACCUCAUCCAGUCGUUAGUGUUUCAUAUGAAAGAAAUUUCUUCGCUUUGUCUGUGCAGAAAAGUUUGUUUUUAAUGAUACGAACGGACGAUCGGCAGCUAAGAAGCUGUGUUACGGAACUUGAAAAAGUGCCGUGAAGUAACCAGAAAUUGUGCUGAUGCCAUUUUGGUGGGGUGUGGUCUCCGUCACCGUCUGAGGCCGCAUUCAUCUCAGUAGUUAAAUUCUUAACGUACAUCCAGAUCGAUGACAGUCAGGCGAUGUAUAUGCCGGAUGAUUUUAUAGCCGCGCCGUCUGUUAUUCGUGCCAGAACGACAUUUUUAAAUUGGAAAUUAUCGGACAGAGUAAUUUCUUCCGCCUUUCGGCCUGCGCGUCGGACCGGUCACAGUCUACAUUAGUCUAAACUUCGAAACAAACCAAAAAAAAUUUUUUAGCGACAUGUUAUUUCACGUGUUCUUCUGUUUCUCGUAACGUCAUGUUUAGGUUUCAGGGGCCAUGAUAAACCCUUGAUUUCCUGUAAUGACCUCGGGUAUUCUGAAGUAAUACCAAGAGGGAGUUCGGCGGAGUGCGUAAUUGUUUUGCCCGAUUAGCAGUGAACACAAUAUUGUUAAAAUUUAACAGUUUCGACAACUUUUCUGAAAAUUUUAAAAUACACUUUAUGAAAUAAUAGUUAUGAACCAUUUUAUAAAUUGAUAUGAAUUAAAAUUGUUACGUGUUUGAAAAUCACGCACGCUUGAGUUUUACCUUUUAUUAUAAAUACUAGGCCUGUGUCUGGGAGAAUGAAUAAAUAAAUAAAUAAAUGUCUGUAUGUUUUUGGUGCGUAUGUAAAUUCUUAUGAAUCCUAUUAAAAAAAAUUUUGCAUUUGGUUGUGAACGUAAUUAGAUAGAACGCAUUCCCAUCAAUAAAAAUUAGAGCUUAUGUAAAUAUUUAAUGUGUGGAUUUGUUGGAGUUUGAGAAGAAAAUUUACAAAACUUGGUGUGUUAAUGUGUAUUAUAUUAUAUUUUUUUUUUUGCAUUUUUAACCUGUCUGUCGAGAGACAUCUAAUUCAUGUUUAAUUUUAGAAUAUUAAAAACGAAAUACUUAAUAGGUUAUUGUAUGUAAGUACAUAGUAAGAGUGAUCUUGAUAGAGCAAGGGCGAGACGGAAAAACAACAAAUAUUUAAUUUGCGGCGAUGAACGUCGUCGUCGAGGAAAAAUACCGAGAGUGUCGAUUGAUUUUUUCGAGCGUUGGAUUGCCGUAACUUAUUUAGGAAGUAAUUCUACGGACUUUGGUAAGCGGGUCGUCUUUUCUUUGCUAUCUGAUUUGAACAGAAGAUUUAAUUAUAAUUAUUCUUCCUCGUCAAGCUCUCUGAAUGUGUGUGACAUUUGUAUGCAUAUUUAAAGUGACAUAAAUUCUUGUAGUAAUUUUAAGAAUUUUUUUUGGGAAUGUGGGAAUUUGUUCGAAUAAUUUCCUACGAGAUAAUCAUUCUUUUUUUUUUUUUGUGAGGUUUCGGAAAUGACGGGCUGAUAAUGAGCUUGUUUGAGUGUUAAUUAUUGUUGAAGCGCCAGUCCUUCACCUCAUCGUGUGGCGUUAUUGUACUUACCUUUCUCCGACGUCUUUUUUGGGAGUGCGUGGGUGGGCCUGAACUUGGAUCAAAUUAAAUUGCUGUUGUCCAGGUACGGCUCCUGCGCCUUCCUUUGCUCUUUAAUUAUUAUUAAUUAUGUUUUGUGUAAUUGGCUAUAAUGUUGUAUAAACAAAUAUGUCUCAGGAAAUGAAAGUGAACUUGUUAAUGGUUAAUUAAUGAAAUUAUAGUGAUACAGAUAUUAAAUAAUAAAGCUCCUACUCGGAGAUUUAAUUUGAGACUCGAAA